AGAAUCCUCGGGAGCAGGGAAAUGUCCUGGGGAGUCCCCCGGAAAUUCCCCUGCUACAGGAGUUCCCCCUCCCCUUUGAUUCUCCAGGGGUGCGGGGAGGGGAAAUGAGGCUCGGGAGCGUGAUCUGGGUGUGGAGUGAUUGGAGGAAUUUUGUAUUUUGUUUAGUUCUAAUUUGAUAACCCUGACGUUUCGUAAAACCAUACUCUUUUGCCGUGAUGGGUGUUUCAUAGCCUGGCUACGAUUUUUAAAAAUUUUUGCACUCCCUGGAGGUGUUUUAGAAAAGCAAAAGCAAGAUGUCUACUGGUUCGCAAGAGGCUGCUGGACGUCGCAUUGUAAGUGACGUGCAGCGCAUGAUUUCCGACAUGCAACGUCGUCUGGACGUACUGUCCUUGUACGUGGAGACAAAUAUGCUGAAUUGGAAUCAAGCUGGUACUUUGCUUGCGCUGGAGAAUGGAGCGGGAGGUGGUAUGAAUCAGCAAGCGGCUGUGAAUGGAGUUUCUCCAGGAACCGGGGAUGUAUUUACGCCACAGUCGCAUGGUGGAUUCGCAAACCGUGAUGGUGUACUUCCCCAAGCCUCGCAAAGCUCUAUGCAAAGUAUCACUUUAUAUAGGUUGCAAUGUGGAUGAGCUUGCAGUUCGUCUUUCAUGUUCAGCUGUGAGAGUUUGAUUUUUAUCUGCAUCAUUUUCAAUUGAUAACUCUGUCGCAGGUGUUUCGGGUUCGCCGCAGCGUGGAGCAUCGCAAGGAAGUGCGCCUUCGCAGACGGCGAGUAUUUUUGGUACGACUACUCGUAUGACUGGCAAUGCUACGUCAAGUGCAUACUGUCCCGCGGAGCAACGUGACGUUGAUGCUUCUGGUGCAAGUUCAAGCUCUUCCUCGUCUACGGGGACCUCCCUUCCAUCAAACUCGGCAUUGGGAGGAGGUAUCUAUAUUUUAGAUUAUUUAGAUUUAGAUUUUGUUUUAUAGGGACAUGGAUAUUUGUAGUUGUGAAGACUUUGGUUUUUCCUGUUUUAUGUUACAAAAUAUAUUUCAGGUGGCAAUCUAUGUGGCUUUGGCUAUGGUGGAGUUGGAUUUGGUAUCGGUGAUGCGGGAACUGCUGCUACUACUGGAGGUGCGGGUGGUGGUGAGUUAACGUGGGGAGAGGUGAUGCUGAAGACGAUUCACAAGGUCCCGAUCCCGACCAAGCCUCUUACCGUAUGUGAAAGUGAGGAGCUGCUCACACGGGAGAUGGGGGAAUUCCUGGUUCGUCACAAAGGUAACCGAGAUGACCAAAUGAACGAGCGUCAAGCCGAAUGGCGUGGCAAGGUGCACAACAAGAUGGUCCGCAUCUUCUACUUCAACCAGAUCAACGUAGUCGAUACGCGUUUGAAUAACUGGGAGAGAGGAUUUCUUGGGUCUGUGCGCAUCAAGAACGACUUGUCGGAAAAGCAGGAGAAAUCAUUUAUGGAAGGUUGUAGUCUGGACUUGUUUCUACCUUUACAUGAAGACUUUAGGCUUAGGGCUCCUUUUGUACUAAGUGUAAAGUUAGAAAUCUUCCCUCUCAUGUUUUUGUGGCAGUGCUUCUUUCGCUUGCUGGGUCCGCAAUUGUGCCAUCCGGCUCACAUCCAACCUCCGAAUCCGAACAACAAUCCGUACGCGAGAACGUAAACUCUGUGACCGCGGUCAGGGAGUGUGAGGUGAUGUUGGUGAAUGUGAUGUGGCACGUUGUAUCUACGAGUGACAAAAUUUUGUAUGUUCUGUUGUGUGAGAAGUAUCUGAACUAUAUUUACAUACUUAGAUGAGAGGAAAAUAUUUUUCUGAACAGC